AGCCGCGCCUGGCGCUCUCCUUUCGGCGGCUGAGGGGGUUGACCGUCGGAGGCGGGUUCGUGGGGGACGACUGCCCAUCAUCAGCCAUAAAAAAAAUCGACCAUGUGUAGAAAAGGUGAAUAUAAAAGCCACGCUGACAGCCAACAGCGAGGGUGAAGCUAUUCCGUGCGUCUCAAAGUUGGCUUUCGGAGCGAAUGGACGAGAGCGGGAGCGGGAGAAGGACAGCCCGACCACCACCGAAGAUAGCAGCAGGCGUCAGCAGACGUAACGACCAUGCCAAGUGAUGGUCCAAGCCGCUUCCCGGUCUUUGCGGCCCCCCCCAAAGGCAACCACCAGCGCUCCCCGGGCUACGUCCCCGGGCGGGUGGCUCCUGUCCGCUCGCCCCCGCCGGCCAAAGCCCCACCGCCGGCACCCGUCAAAACUCACGGCCUGCCUCCGAAUCAACAAGCCACCUUCGGCUUGUCGGAGGAGAACCGGAGCCGCCGGGAGUGUGCUCAGAGCCUCCGGCUGAGAAAAAACACGCUCAUCUGCUUCGGGGUGUCCGCGGGGGCUUUCUUCUUCAGCCUCAUACUUAUACUAAGUCUCACUAGCGGUGAUAUUUUAGAUGCCAAUUGUCCUGAUCACAACCCGUCCCUGAGUGACUGGAACCCAGGCCACCAGCCGGGCAAAGCCAUUAUCGUGACGAGGGGGGAUUUAUUUCGAUUGGAGGCUUCUGCUACUUUCCGUUCACUCACCAUCCGAUCGGGAGGUCGGGUCGUGUUUGCCGAUCACAAAGACGGCUCUAAAAACAUAACCUUGAGAACGGGACAUAUCCUGAUUGAAAAUGGCGGAGCCUUUUACAUCGGCGCACCUAAAUGUCGCUACCGUUCCCACGCCGUCAUCACCCUGACGGGUCGCUCCGACGACAAGGACGUCCCCGAAGUACCCGGUCUCGGCCGCAAGUUCAUUGGCGUCAUGAGCGGCGGAACGCUCGAGCUCCACGGCCAAGAGCGGGUGGCCUGGUCUCUGUUGACCAAAACCGUGCCUGCCUCCGGCCUGACCACAGGGGGCGACACUUUCCAGCGCAAUUUCAGCAGAGGCAUCAACCUGCGCGUGGUGGACCAGGACACGGCCGACAUCCUGCUCAGGGAACGUUACGACACCCACGAAUCCAAAAACGACAGUCGCCGGCUCACCCAGCUGCUCCGGUCCCUGCCGGCGGGUCGCAUCGUCACUCUCGCCGUCGGCGACUCGGCCGUCAAAAGUCUUCUGGAUGAAACCAAGGUGGCCAUCGAAGAGACGCUCGGCAGCAGAUACGUCCACGACCUCAAGUACAGGCAAGCGUGGGCUUUGGUGUCCGUAGUGGGCGGCGGUAACACGUCGUGCUCGGAAGACGUUAGGGAACACGAAAACCACGACACUGGAGGGAGAGCUGUGGCGAGGCGGAACUUCACCACCGUCAACGGCGUGCGCUUCUCUGUCUCAGCCUACAGCGAGUGGAAAAACGGUUUCCCAAUCUCAGGCUUUCAGGUGGAUGCGGUGGACCAGGUGGUGCUGAAUCUCCAGGACGAGGUCCAGCCGACCUGGCAACCCGGCAAUCAAAUUGUUAUCGCCAGUACUGAUUAUUCCAUGCAUCAAGCUGAAGAGUUUACCCUCCUGCCCUGCCCUCAUUGCACCAGCAGGCAAGUCCGAAUACAAGGCAAGCCUCUUUACAACCACGUCGGCGAAAUCACAGAUGGAGUCGACAUGCGUGCUGAGGUGGCGCUGCUCUCCAGGAACAUCCUCAUCUACGGAGAAAUGGAAAACUCCUGCUACGGAAAUAAUUUGUGUCAGUUCUACGGCCACGACACUUAUGGAGGCCACAUCAAGAUCUUUGGAAACUUCUCCUCGGUGCAUCUGUCUUAUGUGGAACUGAAGAACAUGGGCCAGCAGAGAGAGAGAAGUCGCUACCCGGUCCACUUUCACAUGUGUGGCGACGUAGACCAGAAGGGAGGCUAUCGGGAGCCCACCUAUGUGGACGGUCUCUCCAUCCACCACUCCUUCUCGCGUUGCGUCGCCAUCCACGCCACCGACGGCUUGCUGGUGAAGAACACAGUGGGCUACGACACCCUGGGCCACUGCUUCUUCCUGGAGGACGGCAUCGAGCAGCGCAACACUUUCUUCCACAACUUAGGCCUGCUGACUCGACCCGGUACUCAGCUGCCCACCGACCGCAACGAGAGCCUCUGCCUCAGUAUUAAGGACAAAGUCUACCAAGGCUACACUCCCUCCCCCAGCACCGAGUGCAAGGCGGUUUCCACCUUCUGGAUCGCUAACCCCAACAACAAUCUUAUCAGCAAUGCUGCUGCUGGUUCUCAGGAUGCUGGCAUCUGGUUUGUGUUCCACAGUUCCUCCACAGGAGACUCUCAUGGCUUGGUACCGGAGACAAAAGCAGAACUCACCCCUCUGGGGAUUUUCUACAACAACCGCGUUCACUCCAAUUUCAAGGCCGGGCUGUUUAUUGAUAAAGGAGUGAAGACCUCCAAUGCGAGUGCUGCCGACCCAAGAGAAUAUCUGUGUCUGGACAACAGUGCCAGAUUCCGACCUCACCGGAAUGCCGAUCCGAACCAACCGCGGGUGGCGGCGGUCAUCGAAGCGCUGGUCUCCUUCAAGAACAACGACAUGGGGGCGUGGAUACGAGGCGGCGACAUCAUCAUCCAGAAUUCGAGCUUUGCAGACAAUGGAGUGGGAUUAUCCUUUGCCAGUGACGGCAGCUACCCGAGCGACGAGGGCUCCAGUCAGGAGGUGACGCAGUCUCUGUUUGUGGGAGAAAGUCCAAACCGGGGCACCAACGGAGGACAGAAUAAAUACUGGGGCUUAGGAGGGACCGAUGGGAAGAUGAGGACUCUCCCGAGAAACAGAACUUUCCCGAUCCGAGGCUUCCAGAUCUACGACGGCCCGGUGCGGCUGACCCGCAGCACAUUCCGCAAUUUCAUCCCCACGCCCGAGCGUUACACCACCGCAGUGGGCUUCAGCCUGAAGAACACCUGGCAACUCACCCCACGAAACAACAUGUCCCACCUCCGCUUCCACGCCACCGUUGGUCUCCGGUCGUUUUUUGGUCGUCCCGGGCAAUGGUUUGAGGAGAACGACCUGGAUGGAGAUAAGAACUCAAUCUUCCACGAUGUGGACGGCUCAGUGACAGGCUACAAGGACACCUACGUGGGCAGGGCUGACAAUUACCUAAUCCAACAUCCUAGCUGUGUUAGCAAACCUCCAUGGAAUGGAGUGAUAUGUAGCGGCCGCUACUCUCAGGUGUAUAUCCAGACCCAGGGUGCUCCCAGCCUCAUUCUGUCCAUCAACAGAGACGAGUAUCCCGCGGCUCCGCUGCUUCUGAGGGGGAUUAACAGCCAGGGGGCGCCCUCGCAGCAGUAUCAACCCGUUUUGAUGAUGAGCAAGAGCUACACGUUGCAUUGGAACGGACAGGCACCUCGAGAGGUCGUCCUCUCCCUCAUCAACUUUGACAAAGAUGAUUGGGUGCUGUUUGGACUGUGCUACCCGCCGGAGGCCACCUUCCAGAUUGUUGCCGACAUCAACGACAGACAGAGCAACACUUUUGAUGACAUCACCGACUACGGGCCCGUCUUCUCUCUGGCUGAUUUAGAGUCCAGACCGUUGGAAAGGAAGUACUACUUUGACCAAAAUGUCGGCUUGCUGUGGCUGUACCUGCGAGCCCGCCACGGUCGUGACGGUCACAGCUACUGUUCGGUCAAAGGCUGCGAGAGAGUCAAAGUCACGGCCACUACAUCUUCGCAACGGACGUGCAACUGCACCAGCAAGGCCUACCCCAAGUAUGCCAAAACCCCCUCAGCCGUCCUCCCGAUGCCGGCCUUGGACACGCAACCCUGCCUGGACUGUGGAGCCCAACAGCGUGUAUUUACCAGUGAGCCGUGGACGUCCUACCUCCAGACGCAAGUCAAAUCUCUCAGUGUGAGGGAGCAGAAAAGAGGAGACAACAUGUCCUUCAUUGCUGUAAAUGACGAGAUGAUACCCUUCACUCAGCCCGGCUAUCUCGUGGUGUCGGUGGACGCCUGCUCUGGAAAAGUCGCCCUGACGGCGUCAUUUACCAAGAUGGACGCCAACAUGAAGCAGCACCUAACGACCGGAAUACCAAAGAGGUCUAUCGUACUGAUGGCAACACGAGGCCAGCCCGAGGGUCUGCCCGAUGUCGCUCAAUAUCUCAUCCCCUUGGGUUUGGCCAAGGAGGCCGACUUGCACAAUAAAGAGAGUGUGGCACUGUGGGCUUUCCAGGGCAGCGCCUCCCCCCCUCCGUGGGUGUGUCUCCAGGCGGGCCAAGGGGACCACGUCCUGGGCUCGCAGGAGCGCUUCUUGCCGCUGGCUCUCCAAGCGUACGGCUGUCCGCCACCCGCGGCUCAGCAGACGCGGCGGGACCUGGAGCUGCUCAAACAAGCCACAGGACUCCAGUGAACCAAUGUGAACUAGACAAACACACAACUGGCUGAUGAAUGUGAACUGCUGAACUUUAAUUUAUUAACAAUGGCGUAGAUGUUAGUGGAAUGUUGUGCGGAUGUGUGAGUUUGGGCCAAUAAGUCAAUGCACUUUUAUUUAAAAAAAAAAACAGGCCAAAGUCACCUAAUGGACCUUUUUGAAAUAAGGCUAGGAAUAGCAAAUGAAAACACAAAUCAAGCAACUAUAUUAUUUUAUCGUUUGAUAAAUGACAACAGGAAUCUCAUUAGUGGGAAGGGUGCGGUGCAUUAGUUGCAAACACGAAAAACAAUCGAAAUCAAGUCGGCUGGGUAGCAAAACUGGAACGAGACACAUUCUGGAUAAAUCAAUUCAAAUACCAUCGCCACCGAGAAAGCGCCAACGUGUCGUAAAUAAACAAAGCCGAUGGGGGUUCGGUGUGCAAAACAACAUGGCAUAUUCCCAUGCAUAUUUAAACAAAAGUCAUUUGCAGAUAGUUUGAUGCGCUUUUGCCUAUACAUUUUGUUGUUUAACUGGAAAACCGCCUGAGGUUAUGAGGAGAUAAGCACCUUUUGAGUGAAUGUCGACAGUAUGCGGAGGUGUUUAAAGUGCAGGCCACGAGAGCAACGGAUAUACACAAUAAAAUAAGCCUUAUUAAAUAUACAUAUGCAGCGGAAUGUAAGAAAAUUCCCUGGGCCAUACAGUAGUUUGUUGGGUAUAUUUUAGCUGCUGUGCUUUUUGUUGAGUGUACCCCUUCGAGAGGCCUUUUGGAUGUGAGCAGGGCUCCCCCACUGAGCAUUGAUGCGUGCCAAUGACUGACUGAUAAGUGUGUGUGUGUGAAUAUGUGUGGCCUUGUAACCACUCUACUGUUUGAAAAGGGCAAAUUCAUGAGAGAGGGUCUUAGAGAUUUAAAAAAAAAAAAAAAAAACUAAUUAUAGUGAAACAUAAGUCAUUUUGUACAUCUACUGGGCAAACCUUUUUCAGUUUUUGUUUCAACAUGGAUA